GGACACAUCAAAGUCCCUCCCUCUCUUUUCAGCACCAACUCAAUAAAGAAAAUGACCAAAACACAGUAAACGUAGCUAGUGUGCGAUCCGACGAAGUGUAUCUAAUGUCUAGUGGGUGUAAGGUUAACGAGAGAACAUUCAAACUAACUUUCAAUCGGGUGCAGGAUAACGAAUUACCGGUAUCUGAACUGGCUCGUUUUGACAACAGGCCUCAUGUCAUUCUCACUGGUGCCCGUAAACACUCGAUCUGACUAUAAUAUAAUGUUGCAUGUUAAGUAGACAUUUUUUUUGCAUGAGUCUUAUAAAAAAUGUAUUCAGUCAGUGGAGUGUGGAAAUAGCUUUUAAUGGCCAUUAUAAGUCAUGCUUUAGAAAUUAUUUUGAUUGGAAACGUAUCAUAUAGUUUAGUAGAAACUUAGUUUCUACUCUAUUACUCUAUUCUCAGUGGACUAGAUAAAACAAAAAAAAAACUAUGGUUGAACCAGUAGGUUUUGUGGAGGCUUGGAAAGCCCAGUUCCCUGAGUCAGACGCCCCAAGCAUGGAGCUGAAAUCAUUGGGUGAUAUUGAGCAGGAGCUGGAGAAAUGCAAGUCAUCUAUCAGGCAGCUGGAGUUAGAGGAAAACAAAGAGCGCUUUCAGAUGAUCUACCUGCAGACGUUACUGGCCAAGGAGAGGAAGGCUUAUGCUGGGCAGAGAUGGGGCAUCAAGAGGAUGUCCCUAAUGAAUAUUGGAGACCAAUCCAGUGUUUCAGACUCCCAGACAUCCCACAUAGAUGAGGAGCCUACAGUGGAGGAGCAGCCAAGAGAGGCAGUAGACACAGGGAACUAUAAACAGUAUCCAGAGGGAGAGGUAGAUGGGGUGACUCCCUCCGAACAGAGGGGUGAGUUGUCCCCCCAUAUGCCUACUGUGGGUCCCCCAGACACCGAUCUCGACAGGGACAGGGUGGGCAUGAGCUCAGUAGCAGCACUGAGGUCCACCUUCGAGCGCAUCAAGAUAGCCAACUCUCACACAGCUGGAGAUGGGAAGGGGGUUGAAGGGACAGAGAGACCCUUCUACGUGAACAUGGAGUACCACCACGAGAGAGGCCUCGUGAAGGUCAAUGAUAGGGAGGUCUCAGAUAAGAUCAGCAGCCUGGGCUGUCAGGCCAUGCAAAUGGAGCGCAACAGGUCCAUGCACUCCCUGCCCGGGAACCUGUCCAUUGCUAUGGGGGAGAUCCGCAAAUCUGUGCUCAGAUGCAGGUCCACAGAGGGCGGCUGUUGCUACAAUGGGCUGUAUGAUGAUACAGAGGUGAACCCACAUUUCCUCAAGGACAGUGUGAUCCGUUCCAAUGGGGGGAGACAGCCGGCAAACUGUCAACCCUACACCAGUGUGUAUGUCGGGGGGGUGAUGGCAGAGGGGGAGGGGAUUCACGUCAGGGACCACAGUGUGGAGGAGGACUCGCACCAAAACUGGCCAAGGCGCUCCUACUCACCUGGCAGUUUUUACGAUGUUGGGGGUGGCUACACCCCAGACUGCAGCUCCAAUGAGAACCUAACGUCCAGCGAGGAAGACUUCUCCUCUGGCCAGUCAAGUCACGUGUCCCCAAGUCCUACCACCAAUCACAUGUACAGGCAGAAAAGUCAUUCGCCUUCCCAGAUUUCCCAUCAGUCCUUUGACAGCAGCAGCCUGCCCUCCCUACUGUCUCAGAAACAUCUGAAGCAGGAAGUGUUGGUGUCCGAGGCCUCCAUUGUGGGUGUCCGUAAAAUAGGCCAGAUCUGGCCCGGUGAUGGGGACUCCACUACGUCCAGUAGGACCUCGCAUGACAACAGUCUCCAUGGAGAUCUGGUCCCCUACUGUGUGACCCCUCCUUCCUAUGGCUAUGACCUGGAGCAGGCGGCGGAGCACCAGCAGCACCAUGACCUCCUGCCUUUCAGCACCUCGCUCUCCUCCUCACCUCGCCUCCGCUCCAAGAGCUGCAGCAGCCAGCACACACACUCCUCUGGCUCCCUGGAGUCCACCCUGUCGUCUCAUUCUCACACACAGACAGAGCUGGAUCAGGAGAAAGAGUUAGAGAUGCGGAAGUGGGUUUUGUCAGGGAUCCUGGCCAGUGAGGAGACAUAUCUCAGCCACCUGGGGGCUAUCUUACUGCCCAUGAAGCCUCUGAGGGCAGCAGCUACUACCUCCCAGCCGAUGCUGACCAUCCAGCAGAUAGAGACCAUCUUCUUCAAGGUGACGGAGCUCCAUGAGAUCCACAAGGACUUCUACGAUGCCCUGCUACCCAGAGUUCAGGAGUGGUGCCACAACCAGUGUGUGGGCGAUCUCUUCCAGAAACUGGCCAGCCAGCUAGGAGUGUACAGGGCCUUUGUGGAUAACUAUACGGUUGCUGUGGAGACGGCAGACAAGUGCUGCCAGGCCAACAUACAGUUUGCUGAAAUAUGUCAGAAUCUUAAGGUCAUAAGCACCAAGGAAUGCAAAGACCAGGCAAAAAAUUCACUGGAAACUCUGCUCUAUAAACCCGUGGACAGAGUUACCCGCAGCACCCUGGUUCUGCAUGACCUGUUGAAACACACCCCCUCCAGCCACCCAGACUAUCCACUGCUGCAGGAUGCCCUGAGAAUCUCCCAGAACUUCCUGUCCAGCAUCAACGAGGAGAUCACCCCACGCAGGCAGUCAAUGACAGUGAAGAAGGGAGAGAACCGUCAGCUGUUGAGGGACUGCUUCAUGGUGGAGCUGGUGGAGGGAUCCAGAAAGCUUCGCCAUGUCUUCCUCUUCACAGACUUACUUCUCUGUGCCAAGUUGAAGAAACAGACUGCAGGGAAAGGCCAGCAGUAUGACUGUAAGUGGUACAUCCCACUGUCAGACCUCACCUUCCAGACCAUUGAGGACUCGGAGGCCACACCCAUACCCCAGGUCCAGGACGAGGAGAUUGACACCAUGAAGAUCAGAAUCUCACAGAUCAAGAAUGAGCUCCAGAGAGAGAAGAGAACCACUAAAGGAGGGAAGGCAAUAGAGCGUUUGAGGAAGAAGCUGUCGGAGCAGGAGUCUCUGCUGCUGCUCAUGUCCCCCAGCAUGGCCUUCAGAGUGGCCAACAGGAACGGCAAGGGCUUCACAUUCCUCAUCUCGUCAGAUUAUGAACGUGCAGAGUGGAAGGACAUCAUCCGCGAGCAACAGAAGAAGUGUUUCAAAAGCUUCUCUCUGACCUCUCUGGAGCUGCAGAUGCUCACCAACUCAUGUGUGAAGCUUCAGACGGUCCAUACUAUACCAAUGUCCAUGAAUAAAGAAGAAGAUGAAUCGUCUGGAUUCUACGGUUUUCUGAAUGUCAUUGUUCACUCUGCCACAGGCCUCCAACAGAGCUUGAAUCUCUACUGCACUCUGGAGGUGGACUCCUUUGGCUACUUUGUGAACAAAGCCAAGACACGAGUGUACAGAGACUCCACACAACCCAAGUGGAACGAGGAGUUUGAGAUUGAGCUGGAAGGCUCUCAGACUCUGAGGUUGCUGUGUUAUGAGAAGUGCUACAACAAAGCCAAGCAAAACAAGGAGGAUGGAGAGAACACAGACAGGAUCAUGGCCAAAGGACAGAUACAGCUGGAUCCCCAGACCCUACAAAGCAAAGACUGGCAAAGAACAGUCAUCACCAUGAACGGAAUUGAGGUGAAGCUGUCAAUGAAGUUCACCAGCAGAGAGUUCAGUCUAAAGAGAAUGCCCUCACGGAAACAGUCAGGCGUGUUUGGGGUGAAAAUAAGUGUUGUAACCAAACGGGAGCGGUCCAAGGUGCCCCUUAUCGUGAAGCAGUGUGUAGAGGAGAUAGAGCGCCGGGGCAUGGAGGAGGUGGGAAUCUACCGGGUCUCAGGGGUGGCUACAGACAUCCAGGCCCUGAAGGGUGCAUUUGAUGCCAACAAUAAGGAUGUGUCGGUGAUGAUGAGUGAGAUGGAUGUGAAUGCAAUUGCUGGUACGCUGAAGCUGUAUUUCCGUGAGCUGCCGGAACCUCUUUUCACAGAUGACCUGUACCCCAACUUCGCUGGAGGCAUCGCCCUGUCAGACAGUGUGGCUAAGGAGAGCUGUAUGCUGAACCUGCUGCUAUCACUCCCAGAACCCAACCUGGUCACCUUCCUCUUCCUGCUGGACCACCUAAAGAGGAUUACUGAUAAUGAGAGCGUUAACAAGAUGUCUUUCCACAACCUGGCCACGGUCUUUGGCCCCACCCUGCUCCGCCCCUCUGAGAAAGACAGCAAGAUCCCAAGCAAUGCCACACAGCCCAUCACUAUGAAUGACAGCUGGUCACUGGAGGUUAUGUCACAGGUACAGGUCCUACUGUAUUUCCUUCAGCUUGAGAGCAUCCCAACACCGGACAGCAAACGUCAAAGCAUCCUCUUCUCUACUGAAGUAUAGCGGGAGCAUGGACAUUUCCAUCUGGGGAAGAAUUUGACAAAAUGUAGCCUUCCAUGGUAAAUUGUUGGCUGUUUUUUUUUUUUUUUUUUUUUUACCUUUAUUUAACUAGACAAGUCAGUUAAGAACAAAUUCUUAAACCAAGAUUGGCUGCGGCAGGAGCUAAUUAUAAACUUUCUGAUCAAAGUGUUACCUGAACGUAACAUUUUUAGUUGGUCCAAACUUAGCUCCAACUUGAGAAAGCUUAGGCAUAAAUUCAGUCAAUUUAAAAUUAUGUUUUUGCUUAUUUUGUCUCAUGUUUAUUCAAGUAGAAGUAAUUAUUUUGGGCUAACUAAAUAAUUAUUUUGGGCCAACUAAAAAUGUUAAGUUCAGGUAACACUGAUUGAAAAGUUGAGUAAACUAAAAAAGGCUCUGGAACCAGAUACUUAGUAAUAAUUUGUUGAAUCCCCCCCCAAAAAAUUACGGUGUGCUGAGCAGCAAUGGCUGGAUUACAGCGCAGCUCCUCUAUAUGGCCACUAGAUGGAGUCAACAAUACAUUCCAAACUAGAACAAAUACUUCAUUACCGUGACCAAAGCCAUUCCAAUAUGAUCAAUGAUCCUAAUGUCAUCCUUAUCUUGUUGUUGACAUCAAAAUUGUCUUACAUCAAACACAAAGAAAUCCAUUGAAUGUGGUCAGAUCAAAGCACAGGCCAUUCCUUUCUUUGAUUUUAAAAGGUAAUACUAGUUUAACCAGAUGAUGGAAGUGAGGCAAAUUGUCAACUCCAUGAUGCAGCUGUUGCAAAAGAGAAAAACAUUCUCUACUACAGUAUAUUGCACACUGAUAUUCUGAUUAAUUUAGAUAUUUAUACUUUCAUUGUCAUCACCACAUAUUAGGUGUGCUGAGCACUUACAGAUAGUGUGUCAAAAUGUAUUUAUGUUACUUAUAUCUGACAAUCAAGUCAUUUUAGAGGUACUGGUUAUCCACUAAUGAGCACAAUUCUCAAAACCGAAAGAUACAGUAGUUAAAAUCCUUUGUUAAUUCGUUAGGCCUGUUUCAUUGCGGAAUCAUGUGCCAUCCCCCCCCCCCCCCCCC